UUACGACAACGACGAUGACGGGGGUUGUCAUGGUGCCUUGGGGUCUGGUUCGCGCAUGCGCCAUAUGACAGCCUGUGUUUGGUCCUGGAGUAGCGACCCCUGCCCCAGGGUUAUCCAGAUGGAAAGGGUGUUGAUGAAUCUGCUUCCCGCACAGUGAGAGUAUGGAGAGAAAAGACCCACCCAGAAGCAGCCCGAGAAGGCUAUUGGCUAAACUUGGCAAAGUAAUUGAGAGAAAACAAAUGGCUCAUCACUUCAGCAUGGCAGCUGCUGAGUCAGAUAAGGACUCUGGAUUUUCAGAUGGAAGCUCAGAGUGCUUAAGCUGUGCAGAGCAAAUGGACUCAGAGGAUAUGCUGAACACCCUAGGCUGGCAUGGAGAAGAGGGGCCCCGACAGAACUCCACAGUAGCAAAUAAUUCUUUUCCAGCCUUGUCUUCCAUGGUUGUCAUGAAGAACGUGUUGGUCAGACAGGGCAGAAAUUCAUCCCAUCUCCAGUCUUGGACGGUCCAGCCCUCUUUUGAAGUGAUUCCAGCUCAGCCACAGCUAGUAUUCCUUCAUCCAUCUGUGCCACCUCCUGUUAGUCCGUACCCUGCUGGCGAAAAGAAAAAUGACUCCAGAAACUACUUGCCUAUUCUAAACUCUUACACCAAAAUAGCUCCACAUCCAGGCAAGAGGAGCCUUGCCCUCAACCCAGAGGAAGGAGGAGAAACUGGUAUGCAGAAACGAGUCUGUACAGAGAGACACAGGACAAGUUUGUCUUCCAUUGGGCUAACCAAGACUAAUAUUUUGGCGUCUAAUCCUUCUACCCCAGUGCCACCCAACACAAAACUUGCUCAGGACUCAGUUCAGCAGAGUUUGUCAUCUUUGGCAGCAAGUAGAAGUCUGCAGACUGUUCCUGGUAGUCCAGCAGUGUCUAGUAGCCGUGUGGCUAAAGCUCCAAAUUUGACCUUUGCUUCCCCUGCUAGCCCCCGCCCCCUUGGCUCAUCUGAUAGCACUUUGCAUGGGUUGGAGAGUCCCAUGCCGCUUUCGGCAUUAUCAGCUCCUUAUGGCCCACCUGGAGCAGGAGAGCAGCCCUGCCACCCUCCAGAAACCUUCCCUGAGCAGCGGCAGAGCAAGCACAGGCGCUUUCGGAAUACCCUGGUGAUCUUGCACAGGUCUGGGUUGUUGGAGAUCACUUUGAAAACCAAGGAGUUGAUUCGUCAGAACCAGGCAACUCAGGUUGAACUGGAUCGGCUGAAAGAGCAAACCCAGCUCUUGAUGGAGGCCACAAAGGGCGAUGCUCCUCAGGCUUGGGCCAAAUUACAAGCAUCUUUAACAUCUGUGUCCAGUCCACCUGGAAGUCACUUUGAGGCGAUAUCUGCUUAUGCAAACAUAUAGCAUAGGAGGCAUAUUUUGCCAUCAUUUGAGUGAUUCUAGUGCUUCUAACUGAUAUUUGCUUCUGUGUCCCAAAGCUUCUAGAGAAGCUUUCUUUUUGUUUUAAAGUUGAAGAAUGUGCUCACAAGGCUCACUUGUGAGAGCACCUGCCAUUAACUGGCUCUUGUUGCUACCCUGUGCACCAUGCCGGUAUUAUGUCAUACUUCAACAGGAGCCUCAGGUUGGAGCUGUCCCUGGACCCUGCAUGAAUCAGGUGGUAGGAAUAAAAGACACAUGCUAUGGGGACAGAAGAGAUUAUUUCUCUGAGCUCUGCUAGCAAUUGCCCUUUCAUUAAAGAGGCUUACAG